UCCUUCCUCCAGUCCUUAUUUAUAGCGUUCUUCAUUGCCGCUUCUCUAUCUUCCCUCUCUCUCCGCCAUUUCCAUCACCUCUCGCAAGAAAUUCGAACAGUAUUACAGUGUGAGCGGCGUUCCCGCAUACCGCAGCCGAGGUCGACGACAAUGGGAGCUUCCUCCAACGGCGGUUACUGCGCCUCCAACUAUGCGUCUUACUGCCAGAAUCGCAGAUUCUCGAAGGAAGUACUCGACAACGUCCAUGGCACCAUCUAUUUGGACCCGCUUGCCCUGAAGUUCGUCGAUACUGAACAAUUUCAGAGGCAAACUUCGGGAUCUCAAGCAGCUCGGUGAUUGUUAACACUCUUGCAGAUCCAUUCCCAAACUAUUCGUUUUUCCUUGAUGUACUCUUGCCUUCCACUGACUCAGAGUUACUUGUUUGCAGGACUAACAAACACGGUAUACCCUGGAGCAGUGCACUCUCGGUUCGAGCACUCCUUAGGUGUAUACCAUCUGGCUGGGGAAGUAGCCUACCGUCUUAGAGCUCAGCAGGAUCCGGACUUUCCCGUUGAGGAUUUUGAUAUAAAGACCGUGAAGCUUGCCGGAUUACUGCAUGAUAUCGGACAUGGACCAUUCAGCCACACGUUUGAGCGUCAAUUUCUUCCCCGAUUUCUUAGUGGCGCCCCAUGGUCUCAUGAGGACAUGUCUAUCAGCAUGAUAGAUUACAUUGUGGACAAACACCACAUUGACAUUGAACCAGAAUGCCUAAAGAAAGCAAAGAAUAUGAUCGUCGCAAGUACUGAGCAUGGUUCACGCAAUAGUCCCACUGAGAAGCAGUUUCUUUAUGACAUUGUUGCAAACGGCCGGAAUGGAGUAGAUGUUGACAAGUUUGACUACCUUGUUCGGGAUUCACGGGCUUGCGGAGUUGGCUGUGGUUUUAUGUUCCCAAGGUUAAUGGGAUCCAUGAGGGUUUUGGGUGAUGAGAUUUGUUACCGUGCCAAAGAUUAUCUCACGGUCUACAAGCUGUUUUCCACUCGAGCAGAAAUGCACCGCACAGUCUAUACACAUGCUAAAGUGAAGGGGAUAGAACUCAUGGCUGUUGAUGCCCUAUCCAAAGCAAAUGAGUCCCUUGGAAUUGCUGACGCUGUUCAAAACCCUGGAGAGUUUUGGAAGCUGGAUGACACAAUAUUGAAAAGAAUCGAAGUUGACGAAAGACCAGAACUCAAAGAGGCCAGAGAUUUGGUCCUACGCAUCAGAAGAAGAGAUAUAUACCAGUUCUGCAAUGAGUUUGCUGUUCCUAAGGAAAAGCUAGACCACUUCAAUGACGUCACUCCACAGGAUAUUAUAUGCUCCCAGAAAUCUAGUGAUGUUACACUGAAAGAAGAAGAUAUUGCUGUGAGCACUGUCCAGAUUGACUUAACCCGUGGAAGUUCCAACCCUCUUGAGAGCGUUAAGUUUUUUCAGGACCACGACAGCACGGACAAAUUCACGAUACCAGUGGAGCACAUCAGUCACUUAAUCCCUGCUGUUUGCCAAGACAAGAUCGUGAGAGUGUACGCCAAGAAACCUGAACUGGUGGAGGCAGUUUCACAGGCCUUUGAGAACUUCCAGAUGACUACAUAUGGAGUGAAAGGAAUACUUGCGACUCCUGAGAAGAAGAGGAACCGCAAAAGGUUGUUCCCGUACUGACGAAAAUCGCCCUCCCCCCUCCUUCAGGAACUACAUAGAUGAUUCAUGAUCGUAUUGGUACGUUUAGAUAACAUCAACAAAUAGGAAAUUUUGCUAUUCUGAGCAGUAGCCUACUCAGAACUGUACGUAGUCGAAUGAGACCAUACACUUGGUUUGACAAAGUAACCAAUGGUUCAACACCGCAUGUCAAGUAAAGGAAAUUUCUUAGAUGCAUUAGGCCUGUAAAGAAAGUGCAUCGGCCACCAUUUUGGAUGUUACUGUGUUUUGCUUUACGGAAUCAUAUUGUAGAAGAUGAAGCAUGACUUUUGGUUGUAGUUGUUUUCCCACCCCUGUCUCUCAUUUGGGAGCCUGUUUGUAUGAAGGUAUCUUGAACUCUUCUGGGUUAUUGACCUAAUUUUGAUAUCCUGUUCAACGUUUUUUCUUCUUU